GGCUGUAUAUUAGUUGCGGCUGGUUCUUCGUCUGAAUUGCAAUCGAUAGAAACAUGGAGAAAAUAGGGAAACGAUUUGAGGGGAAGGUAGCGAUUGUGACGGCUUCGACUCAGGGCAUCGGUUUCAGCAUCGCUGAGAGGCUCGGCCUGGAAGGUGCCUCUGUUGUGAUCUCGUCUCGCAAACAGAAUAAUGUAGAUGAGGCAGUCCAGACGCUUAAAGCUAAAGGAAUUGAAGUGUUGGGAGUGGUUUGUCACGUUUCAAAUGCACAACAAAGGAAGAAUCUCAUAGACAAAACUGUUCAGAAAUAUGGAAGAAUAGACGUGAUUGUGUCCAAUGCUGCUGCCAAUCCUUCCGUUAAUGGCAUUCUGGAAACUAAAGAAUCUGUCCUUGACAAGCUAUGGGAAAUUAAUGUGAAAACUUCUAUACUUCUUCUACAGGAUGCAGCUCCUCACUUGCAGAAGGGUUCAUCGAUUAUUUUUAUCUCCUCUAUUGGUGGCUACCAACCACAGGCUUCCAUGGCUAUGUAUGGAGUAACCAAAACAGCCCUUCUUGGGCUUACUAAGGCCCUUGCAGCUGAAAUGGCCCCAGAUACACGCGUAAACUGUGUUGCUCCUGGUUUUGUACCCACACACUUCGCUGACUUCAUCACAAAAAAUGCUGCUGUUAGGAAGGCCAUCGAGGAGAAAACGUUACUUAACAGGCUCGGAACCACAGAAGACAUGGCUGCUGCUACUGCCUUUUUAGCAUCUGAUGAUGCUUCUUAUAUAACUGGAGAAACUCUGGUUGUUGCCGGUGGAAUCCCUUCUCGACUCUAGUUCCUCUUCUUCUUUGUUUUACAAUUUCUUCACCCUUUUGGUAUUUUUAUCGUCAUAAGACUGGCAUUAUAGAUGCGUAAAAGUAGUGUCAAUAAAACCACAAUCCGGCUCUUCCGGAUUGCUCAGAGAAAUGUACUCCAUUGCUUUCCCACAACAAUUUAGUAAAUUGGGAGGUGAUAAUAUUGUGUGAAAUGCAAGCGUAGUUCGAAGUAUUGAAAACAA